AUGAAUAUUCAAGAUUUUCUCACAAACAUUGACUCCAAGCUUCUGGUCGCCGUUGGAGCAGGUGCUGUACUGGGUGCAUCUGGUCUCUUGGCGAUAUCAUCACUAAAGAAAGGUGAUGUUAUAGAUUUCGCAACUCGGAGCGAACAUCCCAAAUGGUCAAGCGGUGAUGCCAGAAAGCAGUAUUGCGUCAGUCACUCCAACAUAGCAGAGUCCAGUGAGUUGCAAGAGUUGCGUGAGUUGACGGCGCAACACGAGAGAGGUGUUAUGGAAUCCACUCCAGAUGUUGGUCAGUUUCUGACGUUCAUAACCAGGAUGGUGAAAGCAAAGAACAUCAUCGAAGUUGGAUCUUUUACAGGAGUAGCACUGCUGAGAAUGGUCCAAGAACUUCCUGCUGACGGGAAAGCAUUUGCUCUUGAUGUUCAGGAUGAUUAUGUUAAAGUUGGAAAACCAAUUAUGGAGAAGGCAGGAGUACUAUCAAAGAUUGAUUACAGGAUAGCACCAGCUCUAGACUCUCUCGUACAGCUCAAGGAAGAAGGCUACACUGGAAAAAUAGAUCUUUGUUUUAUUGAUGCUGACAAGGGCAAUUACCCGAACUAUUACAAGUUGUGUCUAGAACUUCUGCGACCUGGCGGCAUUAUAGUGUUCGACAACUCUUUGUACGGCAACAAAGUCCUUACUGAUCUAACAUCGGUGCCGAACUGUUACAUACACGAAACAAAUGAGAAAGGAGCUGUCGACAACCGUGUAACAAGCUUACUUCUGCCCAUUGGAGACGGGUGCCUCGUUCUGAGAAAGAAUGAUGAGUGA